AUCGAUGAGAAGAUCAUGCUUUAUUUAUUUAGUUGAGCAACACAUUCGAAUCUCCUCUCUGGAUGGCAUCAUGCUAAUACACCAUUGGACCAUCGGUAAUUGAGAGUUUUAGUAAGAUUUCUUCCUUAGUUUUUUCUUCAUUCCCCUGACGAGCCCAGUACGGAAUAAGUAAUGACUGGCGCGUCACGCAGGUAAUCUUUAAGCUCAUUAAUUGUAGUUACUAUCCAAUCUUAAAGUGAAAGAGAGGGCACAAAAAAUGAGGACAAUAAAUCCGAGUCUCCUUCCCUGCCCUGCUCCAGACCGCCCUUCUAUUGAGGGCUGAGUGCGAGUGACAAAACCCCUUUUGGCUUCGCGCACGCCUCUCUCGUUGUUCCAUUCUUCGAGCUUCUCUGACUUCACAAGUCAUUCAAACGGAUAAGGGAAGACAGAGGAUCGGGCAGCACCUCCGCUGUUCUUUCAGCUGGUUAGUCCAAUAGUCCGGCACCUCAUGUCGGAUUGUUCACCGGCAAAUCGUUGCCUUAUUCACGGUCUGACGUCCAUUUCCGCACCUUCACACACAAACUCACAGACACUCUCACGCGCUCAAUCCGGCGUAUGUGUCUCUCGUGUGCCUUGGCUUGUACGAGCCUCGGCCGCACAUCAAGGGUCCCAGGGUUGUGGGGCUUGGAACGGGCGAGCUCAAGCAUGAGAACGUCAGUGUAGGAACCAAGCUUGCGGUAGAAGCAAGUCCGAAAGUGAUCGUGCCAAUUUUGUGAGACGCAACUGGACAAGAAAGAGUUGAACGCGUUAUUACUAUUGUUGUUGUUAGUCUAGUUCCAGUUGCUUCAGUUCGAGUUCGAUCCGACCGAGACGAAUCACACUGGCCCAAGUGUGAUCACAUCAAGUGGGGCAAAUGACGAUUCUGGAACAGGUGUCACAUUCUGGUUCUCCUCCCUUGGGAUAUCGCCCUGCCUCCACCUCGUCUGCGGGUGGUUCAACAAGUAGCACGAGCACUAGCCCCGUGGCCAACGCCUUGUUUGCGGCUAUGGCCGACCGCUAUAUUACCCCCGAAUACCUGGCCCCUUUGCCACCCACCUCAGGGGACAAAUCAGGAAAAUCCCCGCUUCAGCUCCUCGCCCAGACGUGCUCCCAAAUUGGAGCUGACACGGGCAGCAACAAGCUUUUGCAAGAGAAAAGUGGAAGCUCUUCGGGUGCAGGGGAUGUCUCCAACUUGAAAGGUGGCAACAAGUCAGGACGAAGCCCCAACCUAAUUGUAUCUGACAACAAGCCCGUCAGUUUCAAGCCCUACGAGACGGGUUUGGAUCACAACGGCAAGCCUCCAAGCAAGCCCAGUUCAGUGGUGAGCCUCUCACCCAAGAGCUCGUCCUCACCAAAGAUUACUAGCAAUGGCAGCGCCAACGGCAAAUCACCCUCACCAAAGAAUGGAUCGUCAGCUGUAACUCCACCCAUGAGCAGUGCACCUCGGAGCAGUAGUGCCGCCUCUAGUGAAACAACAACAGCACCUGUGAUUAGAAGUGGAAUGGAGGUCUUGGCUGGAGCAAAAGAUCCCUUGGCUGCUUAUCGUUCACCAUUGGACCCAAGUAACCCCGCGUUCAGGCCUCCGUUUGGAAUGCCGGGCUUGCCACCCUCAUCUAGUCUGUCUGUGUGUAGAGAUCCCUAUUGCAGAGAUCCCUCGUGUCCAACAGCAGUGUAUAAUGCUCAACUGGCAUCCUUGACGGCCACUGGGGGUCUACCGCCAGGCUACGCAGAGCUCUUGUACGCCCACAAGCUGGGACUGACGGGCCUUCCGGGAAUGCCCCCUACCACUACGUCUGCUUCGGUGGCUGCGGCUGCGGCAGUGGCCGCUGCGGUGGCCACCUCUACGGCCUCCAGUCACAACGGGAGCCAAGCCGGCCCAUACAUAUGCAAUUGGAUGAACGGACGAGAGGGAUAUUGUGGCAAGAGGCAUUCAUCUGCCGAGGAGCUUCUGCAACAUCUUCGCACUCAUACCAAUCUAUCAACAUCGGACUCUGCAGCCUCUUCCCUCCUCUCCAACCAUUCCCUCUACCCACCUGGCCUCUUUAGUGCCGCCGGAGGAGCCUCAGCUGCAGCUGCCGCAGCCGCUGGCCUUCAUCGUACUUAUGGGGGUGGAGGAGGAUCCGCCUUGAGCUCGUUAGCUGCUGCCAGUCGGUUUCAUCCCUAUGCUAAACCGGGGGGAAUGCCCAGUGGCUUGCCCCCGGGCCUAGGGGGUCUGGGAGGGCUUGGCAUGCCGCCUCCACAUUUGGCUACGACCUUGGCCGGACUUGGAGGUGCUUACUCUCCGUCAUCAUUGUAUGCUCUAUAUGGAUCUCGCUUGUCGGGAUCACUCCCAUAAUAAAAGUCGGCAGCCCAAAAGUCAAAUCACAUGUUCUACAAUUCAUUUUUUGUAGCGGGACAGUUUUCAUCCCAGUAUGCAUUGGCUGGUCUUUUUCUUCAGCCUCGAGCUUGUCAUUGGACAUGGAACCUGAUCUCUGGUGAAUGGAGGUACACACACCAUUUGCAUGUGUGAGUACGAGAGCAUCCCUUUUGCUCAGUAGUGUGUGUUUUGUAGUGUGAGUGUGUACAACUCUGAUCCACGUCAAUGGCAAACAGAAAGUGCUAAACAAUGGAUAUUCAUCCCAGUCCCAUCCAUCAUGGGGAGAUUGAAAUCUUAGAAUCACAACUCCCCAUCAGUAUGUUGAUGAAUGUUUCCACUCAUUCACACACAUCCAUCCAUCCAUCCAUCCAUCCACCCAUCCAUCCAUCUCGCCAUGCAGCACAGUCGCUCGGCAAUGAAUUUGUGAGCCGAACGUGAGAUGAGAAGAGCUACCCGGUGUGCUUCUCUCCAGAACAAUUAUUCUUGGGUGCCUCAUCCUUCUUCGUCAACGAGCGCCCCUUGCUUCCUCGUGAGGAUGAUGAUAAUGAUGAUGAUGAUCUGAGCGAGCCAUCAUCCCGGAGGAUUACUCAGGUGCUUUCCCUUCGGCAUCAUCCAGUGCCUCAUCAUUCUCAAUGCCAUCACCAGAUCACGUUGGCAAGCCAGGGCCCUUCUUCUGCUCCUCCUCCACUUCGAUCUCCUCUUCGACGACGUCGUCAUCGUUGUCAUCGUCGUCGUCGUCGUCGUCGAGAGCAGCCAUCGAAAAAAAGUGAUUGAUCGUUCUGAAUGUAAACAAAUCUGAGUCUCAUUUUCUGAUAUAUGCCACAGUGGUGUGGCUCUGGGAGAAAUAUAUGGCCAAAAGAUGUUAUUAACUCUCCUCGGUGGAUGAUGAUUGAUGCCGGUGAUAAUUGCCGGGGAGCAUUCGAUCAUGGAGCAAAAGAAGACGAAGACGAAGCUGCCUUCAAGCACCUGACAGCCCUAGAAAUGAACCCGGUUCACAUGACAGCCCAUGUGGCCCUGUCAGCCCCGGAACCCUCCUCCUCCUUCUUCUCCUCCUCCUCCUCCUCCUCCUACCCGUCCUCCUUCCUCAAUUCGGUCUUGGGCUCAACUACUCCGUCACUCACUCACUCACUCACUCACUCACUCACUCACCGAAGGCUACAAACCAUCCAUCAAUGCCGUUGGGCGUAUAGAAUUGUGAUGAAUCAGUUUUCAGUCAGAGCUGCAUGUUGUACUAGUUCGUGAACGUCUACUACUUCUACAACUACUACUACUCCUACUACAAGUACUACUCCCUCUUCGACAACGUCGACUACCACCUCCAUCCUCAAUAGUAGCUCGAGCCAAGGAGGAGUGUACGUACGUACAAUAGUGUGUACUAGAGGCCGGCCAUCAGCAAACAGGCCAGCAGCCAGACCCGGUGAUGAAAACCUCGAGGAAGAAGAAGAAUCAAUCAAGCCGAGCUGCCAACAAGAUGACAUACGAGCUUUUUGGGGAUGGAUGAAGCACUAGUCGGCUCCCAAAGUGGAGUUGGAUCCACAGUAAGACAGAAUGGAGCAGGGACAUUCGCCUUUAGCCGCAGGAGUAGCCUACGUACACGGCCCUCCCUCGCUCACCUCCCUCGCCACGGCUACCACCACCACCACUUCUACUUCCUCUUCACCAGCUCCAUCACCACCAACAACAACUACCCCGAGGAAACAAGGGGAAAAAAUGGAGGCCGCUCUAGAAUGCGAAGGCAUCACCCGCUCACAACGAAAGAAAGAAAGAAAGAAAGAAAGAAAGAGAGGAAAAAAGAAAGAAAGACAGGCCGAGACAGACAGAGAGAGAGAGAGAGCCCGAGCCCGAGUUGAAGAAAAUUGAAAAGGAGCGAUGAACGAAGAGGGAGUUGACAAAGUGUUGUUGAAAUAUAUCUUAUCCAGACCGCUCGAGCAACACUGACAACUCAAUCUUCUUUGGCCGUCUCAAUCGAGAGCUCGAGCAACCACAAGGAGGCGGAGGAGGAGGUGUGGGGGAAUUAUUCCCUCUUGAUCGAGUUACGUCUGAAGGAAGCUUCCUCAGUUCGGCGAAACUCAUUGAGGUACGAGGACAUGUCGCCCCUCUAGUCAAGUCCAAAGCCAGCUAGGGACCCCGUCUGUCUGUCCGUCGUACGUACAAACAACUCAUACUACGUACAACCGGGUCUCUUGGGCUCCUUUGAGGGACGAACUCUGAUCCAGUUUUGUUUGGACGAAGCCUGACUGACUUUGACAGAAGUGGAGGAAGACAUGGAUGAUGGAUGAUGAUGGAUGACGACUGCUCCUGCUCUUUCCACCACCACCACCACUACCACUACCACCAAAACCACAACUGGCGUUUCUCCGAUGAAGACUUGGAACCCAUAUCGGCCCUCUUUGGGGCCUCAACGCAUUCGCCCACUUCUAUGAUUUAGACUUUUCCGUGAUCUUAUCGUCGGAACAUCUGGAUGAAGAAGUUCACUUUCAGCGACGACUUGGGCGACACUGUGACGUUUUUUGAGAUUCAUUUCGUCGCGCUCACCUCGCUGGCCUAGACGCUCAAUGGCUGGCUAGCUACUGCUACCCUAUGACUGUCGACGAUCAAAUAUAUCAUUCAAAAAUACUGUCAUUACGUACUGGUUGCUUCUCUUUUUAUUUCAUAGAAAUAAAUCGUAUUUCCACUCGUGAAACGAAAAUUACA